AUGAGUGAUGUCGACGAGGCAGCCAACAACCAAUGUAAUUCCAAUGACAGAAGGAAUGUGCCCCAAGAAAAUGAAGGGAAAUUUCAAUCAAAGAAGUUUAUGAAAUUUAAAAAAAAGUAUCCUGAGCUUUUCAGAAACGACGUAUCCAUUCACCCAAGCUACACUGAACUAAAGAAUCUGCCCUACUAUGUUGUGUGUCGGCGUCGAGUGUCCAAGAAGAACAAAGAUAUCAGCCGUCAUAUUAAUAGAGAAGUAAGCCAUUUUGCUUUGAUGCAAGCUUUUGCCCUUGGUAGUGUAAGAGUGGAUCGCAUCUUCAGCAUUGGAUUUACGCAACAAGACUCCAUGGUAAAGGAUUUCGCUACGGCAAAUGAGAGACGUCGCAUCAAUACCCUUGUAGGGAAUAAUUUAAUUACAUUUCAUGUCUAACUGGUUGUUCAGACACCACCUUUUUAAAUUCGUUAAAGUUUUUAUAAAAUCGAUACAUUUUGGGUAUGUUCUGUUUGCCAGCGGCAUGUAAUAAAACAUUAAUUUAUUCUAUCAAAUAUGAAUUUGGUAAAAUGGCUGAUGAUGAAAAUAGAAAUUUCAAGCUUAAACAUACUACUAGAAGUGUAAUU